CUUCCGUCACUACUGAAGCGGUGGAAAAACUGUGGUCAUUAUUUUUGGCUGAUUUUACGCCCUCGUAAUCAUCAAAGUCAUCUUACAUUUUGAAAAGAGACUCCUUUCGGAAGUGAGUAUCAGUUCAGUAACAAGCUGAAUCGGAAGAUCCAAGAUCAUGCGACUAAAGCGUCCUGAAAAAGUUUCUUCGAACACAGCAAGAAGUCAACAACAAGACAGGCCAAAUAUAGCAGUCAACGUAAUCUAAAGAAAAGAUAGCGAAAUAAGGUAAGAACAGUGACAAAUAUGGUUAAAAUGAGAUGUUGAAGCUCAAGAAUAGUUUCAAGUCGUGAAUAAUACCGAUCAAGGUGUACAAAUAAUUGUAAAAAUCAAAUUGAUCAGCGAACGUGCGGUACAUUUUGCAUGCGAUCUUGCAAGUAUGCAUGAUUACCGCAUUUGACCUUUUGCCUUCCAAUAAACGGGUGAAGAGCCUUCUAGCCUCUCUCACAAAAAUGGAAUUUGAGGUAAAAGCUGCCGCUCAAAACUUAUCUGAGAAGCUCUUUUUUAUUGGUAGUUAAUAAUAGUCGUGAACAUUAAAUUUUAUUAUUAAGCUUAAGUUUAAAUUAAGUUUGUGAAUGAUUAAGCUCAAAGGGAAAUACGAAAGGUACAGUUCGUCCAUAGGCCCAAAAACUAAAGUUAGUUUCAAUAAGGCUGAAGUAAGGCUCAGGCCAUAAUCCUUUGUUGUUUUAGGAAAUGUUCUAGUUAUCGGGUAAGAUUAUUAUUUAUCACUGGGUGAUUAGUGAGGGAGUUGUAUGAAGAAUAAUAUUAUUAAUAGGAGUGUAAUCAUACAGUGAGUUAAAAAAAUUUGAAUGGCGAGUAUGAUGUGUUUAGUCAUGAAUAUGAUUACAGACUAGAUUGACAACAAAGUUCUGGUACAUGAACCUUUACAUGCAUUGUUCUAUUAAGCUACAUAUACAGCUGUAGAUGAUCUCUUUUUGUGUGACCAACAGAUAAUACUGUGUCAAGACACAUACCUUACUAGUUUCAUUAAUUGAAUGAAAACUGGCUUUCCAAAUAAAGGGUUCUUUUGUUUCAUUGUUUGGUAUGUUGUAGCUAAAAUCUGUUUUCAGGUUAAAAAAAAACAAGAAUUCCCUUUGUCUCCUAUACAUCUAUCCUUAGUUGGGGCUAGGAAAUGAAGGACGUUUAGAAUUGAACCAGGUGGAAUACUGGUUUAAUCUGAGAAUGGACUUCACCUUCAAGAGGUUCAUUGUUUAUAGACAUUAUGUAGAAUAGUCAGUAUCUGGAACUCCAUGGAUAGCGACAGUUCUUAUGACUCUUGGGUCAGUUUCUGCAUUUAAGUUCAAUCUGAAGCAUAAUCUUGUCAAGGAUUUUAUAGAUUCUUUAGUAUUUUAUCAUGUCAACUAAAUUUUAGUGUGAAUAUUUUUCUUAGCGUUUUUAAGUUGGUUUUUUUAAUUAAUUUAAAUACAUCAUACUUGUGAUAAAAUAUUAUUGUAAAUAUUUUUAGCAUCCUCAAAGUAAGUUUUUACGGUAGUAAAUUAUUAUCUUUUUAGUUGUAUGUAAUUUAUUUAAAUUAUCGUCUUUGUAAAGCCUCUAUGAGGAAAGUCAAUAAAGUAUGUAUAUGUAUGUACAUUAAAGUAUUACAUCACUAAUAAUGCAUCAAUAAAAUAUUUAUUUGAUUUGUUUUUCACAGAUUCUACAGAGAGCUAGAAUUGCAAUGCAUAUCUAUUUAAAAGAUGGACAUCAACGGCGCUGGGUAACAGACGUGCAUCUUCAAGAUGGAUUUUGUCCUUGUAUUGGUAGCAGCCUCACACACCAAUCUCGUGAAGAUGUGUCUCAGUCACUGGAACCUGCAAUUUGGUUUAAGGUUCUUGUGUUAGAGUCAGUUUCAGUAGACUGUGGCAGAAGGAUUGUUAGCUGGUCGACAGGAAAUAACUCAGAAGGUCUGUCAAGUCAUUGAUUUUUGGUUUUACCACCAUUCGCAGGGGCUGGGUUGAAUCAAACUCCUUAGAAAAUCCUAUAUCCAAAUCAGCUGAUAUGUAGUCUUAUUUAUUAUAAGUCCCCCGCUAACUUGUUUUGAAAUGAAUUCAAUUUUUUACAACAUUUUGUUGCUUAAGAAAGCAAUCAAAUUCAAAAAAAGUAUUUUGAAACACUUGUUAAUAGUCUGGUUAUAAGCCCUCUGUGAAUAACCCCCCACAUCCCCCCGCGGUCGGAAGUUUACAGUAAUGGAAAUUGAGGUGGCAUUUAAAAAAAAAUGAUUCCAUUUAGUUAACCCAUUCACCCCUGGAAAUUUUGCAUUUUGAAGCUAGCAGAGUGUUUUUCUUGUCACUGUCAUGCUUUAAAGAGCUAAAAUUUACCAUAAAGCUAUUUACAGGUCGUAAACUUCACGGUCUUCUGAUCCAGAUGCAAAAUAUUAGCUUGCGAAGUUUGGGCAUGUGCAGAAAGCAAAAUGUCAAGAUAGUUUUUGGAUUUAAAAGUGACGAAUGUACAGCAGUCUUGACUUUUACUUUUCUUUUUCUCUCCUCUCCUCUCUUUUUGCUUUUCUUGCCUCAAUUUUUUUCCUUUUGCUGAGCAUUAAGUAGACUUCAUUUUGGUGGGAAAAGUUUUUAGGAAAGCAUAGGAUUUUAGGAUAAGAUGAAAAGAAAGGUAGGUGGGUAGUGGUGGAACCAAAUUUUCAUCGAAAUUUUCAGGUCAAUGUUACAUGGUUUUUUGCCUUUUUCUCCACUUUCCUGGACUGAAUCGUGCUCAUUCUGAUAUGGUUUGAAAGAUCUCUUCACUCUGCACAAGUUAGCAGACAAAGUUGUCCUUGCAUGACUAUUAAAAAUCAAGAUGUCACAAGGGGUAGAAGGGACGUGGAUUUGCAUGGGUGGCUCGGGGGUGAAUGGGUUAAUUAAUGGAGGUGUAAAAAUCAUUUAACAAAAAUAACCUACCUACUCAAAUUAAAAUUAAUGUUUGUAAUAAAAUAAUAAUUAAUUUAGGUUAAUUUCAUGCAGUGUUAAUGUCCUACGAUAAGGUACAGCUGUAUACAUUGUAUCUGUGCAUUUGUAAUCUUUUCUGGUUUUGUUGUUGUGUUAUUGUUUUGCAGACUCUGAGCUCUGCAAUAAUCAGAGAGCCUUUUACAUGGAAGGAGAGUGUUAUGAUUAUGAUGCUGAUAUAGAUGAAUUGUUCCUUUUGGCUGGAAAAAUCAUCAGUCCAUCUAGCAUGGGUCAUGAAGAGGUACAUGUAAUAAGAACGGUUGAAGUUCCUGUGCAGUCUGAUAUACAGUAGAGCUAUACAUGUAUUUGCUGUACCUUUGCAUGGAGAGCUGGGGUUUUGAUUGAAAGGGGUUCAUGAGUGUUGAAAGUUUGUAUUUGAAUUGAGUGAUAAUGAUAAUAAUAACAAUAAUAAUAAUAAUUGUUACUAUAAAAUCAAUGUCAGAACCUACAGUCAACUCCCUCUAAGACGGACACCUUUGGGACCGGCAGUAAGUGUCCAUCUUAGAUGUCCGUCUUAUAGAGGGUCAAAUAAAGGGAGUAAAGAAAGGUAGGGACCAACUCUAGGUGUCCGUUUUAGGGAGUUGUCCGUCUUAUAGAGGUAUCCAUUAAGAGAGAGUCAACUGUAUUCAUUGCUGUUAUUAGCGCUUUUAUGAAAUAAUAAUACCCCCGUAAUAAUAUGUAUCACCACCUUGAAAGUCUAAUUGAGAUUAAAGUGCAAAAUCAGCACUGCUUGGUUGAGCUAAUAUCCUGCCAAAGAUGCUUUUUGUCUGAAGUCAUUGACUUGAUAGAGAGAACAAUUUAUGACAAGAGCUCCAGUACCAAUGUUUACUCUGAGAAAUAGAGGAUGAUAAAAAUAAUAACAAAAUAAUGAUAAUAUUUAGUAAUCAAUAUAAGCAUCUAUUCAUUGCCGUCAUUAGCACUUCUGAAAAUAAUUAUCUCUUGCCUUUAGGAGGCACACCUGAGGGUAGGUGAGAAGGAAAAGGUGUAUAGACUGGAAUAGAAAAGGGUGGUUGAGCACCCAGUGGACCCGCCCACACAUACAGCACCACCACCCCCAGAUCUGUCUCUACUUUGGUUGGACAAAGCUUUUAGUAAAAUAUUUCUAGUCUGUGCUCUGUUUAGAGUUCUUCUGUACUUAUAAUAUUAUUAUUCUUGCUCACCAAUAGUUCAGGUUGACAGAUCAUUGCAUUGCUGUCUAUUUUAAUCUACUUGACCAAUAAUUCUUACAAUAUUUAUAUCAUCCCAUGUUGGUUAAAUUAUAUAGAAUGGAAUGUGUGAGCUUUCUGAAAAAGAUUAUGAACAGUGCCUUCUACGAAUGCUACACUGCUACAUCCUGCCUAAAAUAACUUUGCAUCAAGAGGACUUGGAUAAAGUCGUCAAAGCAAGAGAGAAACAGGUUCAAAACAUUGAAGCACUGGACUUGAAGGUCAUUGAGGAGUGCAAGAACAUUGAUGCUUGUGAGUCACGGAUGGAGGACUUGCGGACUCAGUUCUUUCCUGGUUUGGAAAGGUUUCUAGAUAAGGGACGAUGUUCUAAGGGUUUCCUUGAAGUGCUUCUUGAAGAUAUCAGUAAAGAAGAACCCCGGUUACGACAACAGGUGAGUAAAUUAACAAACUAUUAAGUUAAAAGGUACAGUAGAAAUUACAGCACAGGACAAAAGUAAGUUAACAGUCGCAUCUCAUUUCCUGCGCAAUACACUCGCUAUGAGAAUCUUGGAAAUUCCAGGUGGGUCACAGGCGGCCCAUGCAAGCUUACUACAGGAAUGCGGACGUGAUUGUUGCUUGCGAGCGGUGUUGUGUUACAAAUGUAGUUAUUUACAAAGGCUUGUAUAGGAUGUAAACGUUUUUUCUUAAAAGAGAGCAACUACUACCCUCGGCGGGCUUAUUUUAGUUACUCGACAUACUAUGCGAGCGUUGAACGGGUUGGAUCAGUCGAUUGAAGAACAGUAAAAUAAAAAUUUCCCUUCAAGGAGCAGGAGGUAUACAACAUAGGCAUUUUAGAAUUGAGAGUUUUUAUUCUCUUUUUCAUUUCCUUUAUUUUUGUGGUUGAAAGUUUGACUUGUUUAUGUGAUCAUAUUCCUGCUGAAAUUAUGGCAUUAAGAGGCCACUUGCACUGAGAGGUCAUGUGACCAAUGUUUCCUUUGAACAAGAAGUUGGAAUCUUGCUGAUACCAAAAAUUGACAGAGCACAUAAAAAUUGGAGAUAUUUUAUGGUACUUUGAUUUUUCAACAAAGUAGUAUGAUUUGUAUUGGCCGCCAUGUUGGAGGGCAUACUCAUGGCAGCCAAAACUACUUUUUGCUUAUAUCUUGUUAAACGUUUGAUAGUUACGCUCAGAUGUGCUGUAAACAUUACCACAUCAUUUUUUUCAACAUUUUCCUUGAAGUUUAAGUGCAAAAUUUGUGUUCAGAAAAAGGUGAUUCAUAAUUUUAAAAAUCACAUUUUGGUCACUGUCACGUCGGGCGCCUCCAUAUUUACAAGUUUGACCAGCUAGUAUUUAAGCUGAAAUCAGUACAUUCGUCUUCCAACCGAUUUUUGUUGUCCUGGUUGGCCAAAUAAGUUCUUACUCAUUUUAAAGAAAAUUAGCAAAUUCACAAAAUUUAUAUUAUUUUUCCAGUUGUGUUGCAAACAUUUGAUAUGACCCACUAAUCGUUUUUUACUCAUUUUAAGGCCCAAAAAAUCAUAUAACUCUCAUUUUCAUAAAAAUGAUGUCACAUGACCUCUUAGUGCAAAUGACCUCUUCCAUCAACAUUACAGCCAUGGAGAUGGCUACCCACCUUUUUUUGAACAAAUUGCAAGAUUACUCAUCAAAGUAAAUUGACAGACAUAACUUUAUCUUUAUCUUUUACACCCAGUGUAUACAAUCAAACCCAUACAAUUGAACACCAAUCAUUUGAUUGGGUUUGGUAAUCGAACUCACAGUAAAAGUUGGUCAGUCGAACAAAUCGGAUGUUUGAUAUACCGAGCGGUCGACGGUUGUACUCAAUCAAGAACAAAGUACCCUAUCAUUAAACAAGUGCAUUUUUGUGGAAAUUUUGUACCAUGAACUGUCCCCCUAAACCCCCGGAAUCAUUUGUUAGUGAUUUGAUAGGACAAUUGUCACUUCGGCAUAACACCCCAUAAUAGGCACGUGGUCGGGGAGAAUUUCUAAAGUGAAGGUGAAAUUACAGAAGCCAUUUCCUUCCCACUAUUAUAAAAUGUAAACAAUUAUGCAUUUCAGUAUUAAACUGUAGUUUUGUUCUCUUGUACAUAUGUUUAAUUGAACAUUGACAUUCAGCUUGAUAUUUGGACAUGUUUCUACUAAUCCCAUUCAAUAAAGAUCAAUUAUGAUUACUUGUGUGUGAUUUACUUAUCAAGAAAUGGAUUCCAAAGGAAAUCUAAUCAGGUUGCAUUAUUGAUUUUGUUUGAUUAGUUUGAUAAUCGAACUCACAGCAAAAUAGAUCUUCAGUCAUGUUUGAUUACCGAACCACAUCAAAUGAUUGGUGUUCAAUUGGGUUUGAUUGACUUAUGGUUCGAUUUUAUUCAAUUAGAUAUGCCAGGAUUUAAAGAAAUAAGCAAUAUUUUGUAGUUUAGGUUAGCGAUAUUUACAUGUACAGCUUAGUUGAGCAAUAUUUUGUAGUUUAGGUUAGGUUACUUUGUAGGUAGUUAAGGGUUAUCUUAUGAAAACAGCCCCACUUUUCAAGAGGGGUCGGCGGGCCUGUGUCAUUUUUGUGGAAAUUACGGAAAGGUAGGUGGGGGUCUUAAGUUUCUUAUAAAAAAUGGAAAAUCCAUGAAGUUGCGGGGGGAGUUGGGUUGUGAAAUUCCUUCCAUGGUGGGGGCAAGGAUAUUUUCUGGAACCACACGCUACACAUUUCUUAUUAAAAGUUUAAAUUUUGUGUGGAUUGCAUGUGUGUGAUUGAAUGUGAUUUGAAAUCAAUUGUGCAAAAUAGUACUUUUCCAAACCCUGAAUCAUAGGAUUUCAUUUGUUUUAAAGAUUGACAAGUUACAAGAUCAAGUGCAGACUGCGAAAGAAAUGUUAGCAAAGAAGCCCAGUGGUGCAGCUCUUGUAGAACAGCUUAAUGUUGCAAGACAGAACAGAAAUGAUCAACAGAUUAAACUUGAGGCUCUUAUUAUGGCAAGGGAGCUCAUAGUAGAUGCACUGCCACAGGUAUGUGACUUUGUACUUUUAAGUCCCUUGCUUGCAUGGCUCGAAAAGAAUUCCAGCUUGUCUUUUCGACCAUCAGGUAGAUCUUCUCAUUUUGCUUGCACAGUUUUACACUGUACUUCUUGCUUGCCUUUAUAGUUAAUGAUUAAUUUUUGUAAAAGGAUCUCCCAUUGGGCAAGUAAGCUUUACAGUGCGACCGUGAAAACCAUGAGCACUUGAAAUAUUUCAGGAAUGUUUAUUGUAUGAAGACCAAUCACAGCAAAGAUCAGGACAUGCGAGCAAGCCACAAAACCACAAACUAAUUAACAUUCUUGCUUGCGGUUUUCUUUUCUCACACCUGAUUGGCUUUUUCCUUGCAACACAAUGACAUUCCAGAAAUAUUUCUGGUGUUCAUGGUUUUCCCGGUUUGACUGUAACAGUUACUUGCCCAGCAAGAAGACAUACUUGUCCUUGUCUUGAAUGUUGCUACAUGUAAGAGUUGAAGUGAGUUGGAUAGAGGCUGCAUCCCUGCUGGGCUGCCAGACAGGAUUUUGCGAGCCUUGUGUUUGACUGAAAAAAGGCCUGUCUCGUUGUUCUCUGCUCCCCCUUGAUUUUUUUUUACACCAGAUAUAUUCUUAUACCUCUGUAAGGGUAAGGACAUUGAAGUUUAUUUGACACUUAAGGUUCUCCAGAACUUAUAAAUCUAUCAUAAUGAUAGCUGUUUGUUUUCUAACACUUUAUUUGAUAAAAGCAAACAUGAUAUAAAGUAAUAUGAUUCCUGAUGAUGUAACAGCACCCUCGCAAAAGCGAGGUUUAUAAUUUUGUCAGAAUUUGCAUCACAUGUGGAACACACAUGAUUGCUUUAAGCAAAACAGAAACAUAAGUUGAGCAUUUAUUUAUUGAAUCUUCUUGGUAGCCGAGUUACCUAGCAAAACAUCAUAAACAAAUCCCAAAAGACGCCAUUUCACCUUGCAGGCUAUUUUAUGGCUUUAUAGGUCAGGGGAUAUGUUCGUUGGAAGUGUGUUUCAGUUCAGCUUUUUGACAUUAAAACCUUGCUUUUCCCUGAAAUCUUUGAAUUCAUGUUACGCCAAGGUAGACCCGCAGUAAAUUGGUUCUUUCCUUGCCAAUGUGACCAAUGGGUCAAUUACUGGUUUCAGCUCCAUUCAUUGAUCAGGCGUUGAACCUGACAGUGAAUUAAGACCGAAAUGAUGAAAAUGGCUAUGAAAUACGUCUUUUUCAGGGCUUCUGAUAUUUCGCGGAAAAAAAAGCAAAAUUUCGCGGGAUUUUCAGGGGCAAAUUCGCGGAAAAAUCGGCCGAUUUCGCGGGAUUUUCGCGGGGAAAACAAGUCGAAAUUCCCAAAAAAAUCAGCCGAUUUCGCUGGGGUUUACCAGCAAAAAGCCAAAUUUCGAAGGAUUUUCAGGGGCAAAUUCGCGGAAAAAUCGGCCGAUUUCACGGGAAAUUUCGGAGGGAAACUUCGCCAAGAAACAAUCAGUAAAAAACAACCGAUUUCGCUGGAUUUUUUCUGGCAAAUUUCGCUAAAAUCGAUCAAUUUUGCGUCGAUAUGACCAGCGUUGUUUAACGUUUUUUUAACAGGAAUAAUUAUUUGCUCUUUGAACAAAAGUUCACUCGAGCAAUCAGUGAAUGCUAAAGCUAUUAACAUUAUGGUUAGUGCCCAGUUUUUCGCAACGUUCAUCUAAAAAUGCCUGGUAGUUUUAGGACGUUGUUUACCCGCUGCAGUGAGGAAGUUUCGAGAUAAAUUUGGACGUUUGGGGUGAAUAAAACAGGUCUAAUAGCCAAGAUAAGUAUUAUAUAUGUUUUUCCGACAUGUAAUCGGAAAUAUUUCUGGCGGAUUUCGCGGGAUUUCGCGGAAAUACCUGAAUUUCGCGGGUCCGCGACCACGCGAAAUAUCAGAAGCCCUGUCUUUUUACAAACUAAUUUUUCUUAAAUGUAUCUUAGCAUUCAUGAUAAAUACAACUCCACCAUCUUCAAACAGUGUCUAUGCCAGAGAAAUGUAUUAAAUAAUUUACAAUAAAUUUAAUAGUGCAAUUAACCCAGUGGUCAGAAAGCUGACUUCAUGUGCAGGUGGUUGGUAACAGGGUAGGUUCAAAUCUAGUCAAAGCAUUUUCUCUUUUUUGUACAUAUUUUUUUAUCCCGUAUAGUUUUUGUCUUUUUGAUCAAAUUGUUUUUUCUCUUUGGCUUGUUUGCCCAUUCUCACUGCUGACCCUUUACAGCUUCAUAAGGUAUUUGCAAAUAUGUAUUAUGUCUAGUAAUAACAAGUAAAUAAGUAAAAUUAUGGGUAAAUAAAGGCACCGUCAUCAUAGCUUAAAUGCUUCACCCUGUCUCUCAAAAUAUUUAAUGCACGUGUGCUAAAAUUUGAAGUUUUCAGGAAGCCCAAUAGCAAAAUUGAAUUUUUCUUUUUUCGGAGAGGUUCCCAGACCCCUCACUCCACUUACCCCCACUUGUGAGGACUUUUCCAUUUAGUACCCAAUAACUGCUGCCUGUAUAACUUUUUCCCCUUAGUCCUAAAAUUUUUUGAAGAUCUGCUUGUUGUCCAAAUAACUUAUUGAUAUCUCAACAGACUGUGGAUGUUGGGGGAGUCGUGGUUGGGCAUUACUUGCUGCAUCAGUACCUUGAGGAAAGAAAACAGCUUUUCAGUCGUAAAGCAAAUCGCAACAGACUGCUUGAGCAGAAGGUAAGAAAUGACAGAGGAAGUAAACUUGGCUCCUUUAAAAUGGCAUGGAGUAAUACUUAAAGUCUUUUGUUCGUUGUUUUAUUUGAGCGAGCAGCAAGGAUCAGUUAAUAAUUAUUACUAAUAAUUAUAUAUCUGUUAGUUAAUCCAAUAUUGUCAGAAAAGCUAUUGUCCUUUAAUUUUUACAAACUGUCCAAUUAAGGAUUAACUUGGAUAGUUUCAGAUAGGGCUUUCCUUUACAAAUAGGCAAACUGUCCAAUUUAAGAAAAAUAGGACAGCUGGUCUGAGUCAAUCAAAUGCCAGAAAAAUAAUACAAUUUAGGCAAUGCAAACUAGCUAAUCAGUGCAAAGUCCCUAAAAAAGGUUUGUUGGCUGACGGCGGUUCAUCGGCGAACACUCUUGGCUUCUUGUUGCUGUGAAUGUCAUUUUGUUUUGCUGCUGUUUUGUUUUGGCUUCUUGUCUGGGUCAUUUAAAAGGAAAAUGUAUGACCAAACUGAUGAAAAUUUAUAUCGGAAACAAUCAACGCAUAGAUUCUUGAAGAUGUACAAGCACUGAAACUUUGGACAAGAAUAAGAAAACACUGAUACUUAUGUUUAGAUGUUGGCAUUACAAAACAAACGGACAAAGUCUGUAGAAAUCGUUUGAGGAUAUGAAUGAAAUGUUUGUUUUCAAUAGUUUUUGUAUUUAAAUGAAGUAUUUGCGUUGUUGCUUUGUCUUCUUUGUACUCAAAAUUGUGGUUUUCACCUGUAGCACCGUAUCAUUCAGAUCAUUGAAGGUGCUUUCAAAAUUUUAACAUUGGCAACAAAAUGCAAAAGUAUGAAAGAGCAAUACUGGUUCUACAUUUGUUUCUAAAUAAUUAUUUGUAAAGAAUAAGUUGAAUGAAACCAUACGAAUAAACCUUUUUUAGAUCUUGCAGUGUAUUUUUGUUUCAACUACAAAUGGUUCGAUCGAGUGUACAAUAUUUCGCAUCUGUGUGACACGCCAAAAAAAUCUGGAUUAACUAACCAGCUAUAUAAUUAGUAAGUAAGAGGACUACAUGCUUGUCCAAUUUGGAGAUAAUUGAAGUCAAAAAGUUCCUCUGACAACCAAAUUGGACUCGGCCUACAGCCUCGUCCAAUUUUGGCUGUCCAUGGAACUUUUUGUCAUCUAAUUAUUUCCAAAUUGGACAGAAUGUAGUCCUAUUACAUAUACUUAUUAUACAUUGUACUCACUAUCUGUCUUCUCAUUGGCUUAGAGCUUACAGCUAAUUGUGGAAAUCAGUACAACCUACAGAUUAGUUAGUUAUCUGCUAGCAGAUAACUGACUAAUGUGUAGGUUGUGCACAGGUAACCCAGGCUCUGUGAUAGUACCACAGUACGGUUCCAGUAAAAUUACAGUGUUUGUAUGGGGUAAAAAUAUCAUCCUAAAAUUUCUAGGAAAUACUAAAUAAAGAUCAAUGAAACUUACUCUGCAGUUAAUUGUUGUUGUCCUUAUUGGUCCAACGAAGUUUCGUGAUAAUUUGAAGUAAUUUGUUCAAAUUCACUCUAUCUACAAUAAUAAUAUACAAGGUAGGAAACACGAGGUGGCCAUUUUCGCCGACAUGCUCUCAUUCAACACAACCUUUUCCACGAAAUUCGAACUCCAACGGAAAAUAAACAUGCCAGGAUCGUAGAAAUAGGAUAGCAGCAGAUAUAGAAACCAAUGAAGCUUUCUCGGAUAGAGAAACGAAUCCCACAGACUUGGACAAACUCGAAGAAUAUAAUCCAAACACACCGAGAAUACGCUCGCCGAAGCAGCCGGGCCAGAUCAACGCGCGGCCAAGAAAAUGAGGCCUGGGCACUGUGCAAAAAAUUCCAUCCCGGGAGUCCUGGGGUGACCUUUCUAGGGACCGAUACAUCAUUUGCCCAAAGCCACCCUCCCUGCUGGAAAAAUACUUGAUAGAAGGCAAUUGUUCUUCCUAGCCAAUCACCAUUUGCCAGAGCAAACCCGCACACACGCGCCUGAAUUUAAAUGGCUAAAAAAAAAGUAAUAUAAUCAGGAGAGUCUGCGGAGUUACAAGGCGUCCCAUUUCUUUUACUAAGGAAUGCAAAUAACAGUAAUGAAACUAAUGAAAUAACAACGCGAAAUGCUUACAAGGCGGGCUAAAAACAAGGUUGAACAAAAGGUAGAUGAUGACUGAGAUACUGUUGCUGUGAACUCUCGAGCGAAACUAUCGUAAAUAAACGGUGAAGCUUACAAACUAAUGUCAAAAAUUAUACAGAAAAUUGCGACAGAAUAUGAAUUGCGAUAACUGAGACGAAUGUGAAAGGCACGUGCACUAGUAAACAAAGAACUAGCGCGAUUAACAUAUUUAGCGAUUAAUGCGGCAGUAACACGCCGACUUCUUGUCAAUACAAGUGAACGCUCUAUCGGUUAAAUAUGUGAAUCAUCGUGAUACACCUCUCUUUGAAUUUGGUCCUAUUGUACAAAUGCCUCGGUAAGAGCCAAAAUUCACUUAUAUCUUUUGCUCGUUUUAAGUUUUGUAAAUCGUCCUUCGUUGUUCUUUCCUUUGCCCUUAUAACCUUGCCCUAUUGAUGUUUGAUAAACUUUCUGAGGACCAGCGCCAGGAGCUGAAUAUAGUUCCAGAGGAAAAUAAUCUCUUUAUAACAGGCCAUAGUGAUUGGCUAGGAAGAACAAUUGCCUUCUAUCAAGUAUUUUUCCAGCAGGGGAGGGUGGCCUUGGGCAAAUGAUGUAUCGGUCCCUAGAAAGGUCACCCCAGGACCCCCGGGAUGGAAUUUUUUUGUACAGUGCCCAGGCUUCAUAAUCUUGGCCGCGCGUUGAUCUGGCCCGGCUGCUUGGCGAAAGCGUAUUCUCGGUGUGUUUGGAUUAUAUUCUUCGAGUUUGUCCAAGUCUGUGGGAUUCGUUUCUCUAUCUGGGAAAGCUUCAUUGGUUUCUAUAUCUGCUGCUAUCGUAUUUCUACGAUCGUGGCAUGUUUAUUUUCCGUUGGAGUUCGAAUUUCGUGGAAAAAGUUGUGUUGAAUGAGAGCAUGUCGGCGAAAAUGGCACCUCGUGUUUCCUACCUUGUAUAUUAUUAUUGUAGAUAGAGUGAAUUUGAACAAAUUACUCCAAAUUAUCACGAAACUUCGUGGGAGCAAUAAGGACAACAACAAUUAACUGCAGAGUAAGUUUCAUUGAUCUUUAUUUAGUAUUUCCUAGAAAUUUUAGGAUGAUAUUUUUACCCCAUACAAACACUGUAAUUUUACUGGAACCGUACUGUGGUACUAUCACAGAGCCUGGGUUACCUGUGGGUUGUGCACGCAAUGCAUGAUUUUCAAUAGCAAUAUCAAUUCAGGUUCCUUGCGACGUUGUGUUUGUCAUUAUUUUCUUCAAAACAAUGUCUAAUAAAACAAUUAUUACAUUUGGUUUUUGUGAUAUCCUAAAUAAUCAAGGUCUCGGUAAGUGUUAUCAACCUCGGCCUUCAGCUUGGCUGAUGACACUUUCCUCGACUUUCAUUAUUCUGGAUAUCACAAAAACCUCAUCCAAUAAUUGUUUAUUAUUACAUUGGAAGCUCUCCUAACAGACACUCUUAGUAAGCGGACAGCUGUACUGACGGCUGCAUUCACAAAACCCUGUUUUUCUCAAUUCCCAUACGAACUCUGUAUUAUUUUCACCCUCUCAAAUUAGCCACCUCCUGUUACAGACACCUUUUUUGCAUCCCGAGGGUGUCCAUGCACUCACGAGAGCUUCCACUCUACAAAUCUAGUGUCAUUGCAUAAAUUAUUUUAAAUAGAGUGGUGUUGGUUACAAGUCCUUGCAUUAUGAAGAUUGUCAAUGUUAUAGUCAGAAAGAACACAAUUCCUGCUUUACAAAAUUAAUUUCCUUAACAUCAAGUUUGAUUAUUAAUUGGAUUUAAUAUAGAACAAGAUAAAGCUUUUUUUUUUUAAAAAAAAAAAAAAAAAACCUUCAAAAUUUACAAAGAAUUUGCAUUGCCCGACACACUGUCCAGGCAUUUCACAUUAAAUAAAAAUAUUAUGUAUAUUGUUAGAAAAUGAUAUUUUGUAGUUUUGAAUGGCUGUAUCUUGUUAAAUAUUGGCUCGACCAAACUUUUGUAUUAAAAUGUUGGUGUGCUUUUUCUGUCUACAGUGUAAAGUGCAUGUGGUCUCCUGUUGAUAAUCCCGUAAUACACAGACUCACACCCAGUCCCCCUCAGUUCUAAAGAGGCCAGUGAUGUAAAUUAUUUUUCACAUCUCAUGGGGAGGAAGGUCUCUUGUUAAACAUUAGAAGUGGAGGGAUUAAUCUCUUAACGUUUCACUUGAAUUUUUUUUCAUAUUAAUAUGUUACAGUACAUGUACCAUACACAAAAACACAAAGGCAAAUAAAUACUAGACUGAGGAUAAAACUGAACUACAUCAUCUAUCCCCAAAUAAUGUACUUAAGAAUCAAAUUAUAUACUUUUUAUGCUUUAUUCCUGUAUUUUAGAACUGUGCGCUAAGUGUGAGAGAAAUGUUGGAGUCUGCCAUCAAACAAUUGAUAGAGAAAGGUUCCACUGAUGCCAAUGAUGCUAAUGCCCUGGGAACAAGGGCUACAGAUGGUAAGAGGCCGCAUAGAAUUUGAAGUAAAGGAGAGUUAUAUAAGUUCAUUUGACAAAAGAUAAUACAAACCUUAAUCUUGUAUUGGCUAGCCUGUGCUUCUCUUGGGUCUCCUGUGCCUUGCAGAGACGGGAAACAUUCUACACAUACAUGUAAUCUUAUUUCCUGCAAAUUUACCAUACGGAACCCUACUGAUGUAUUUUCACAGGAGCUGCCUCCUCACCUACAUGUAGGCUUCUCAAAUCUUCUCUCCUCUAACCCUAUAGAAAUACAUGUACCUGAUAGCUGCCAUACUGUGACCACAGAAACAUCUUCCCCAACUUCUACUGCCUUUAACAGCACCUGCCCUAAAUGAUCAAUGAUUCCAUGAAAAAAUAUAUAUUAUUAAAGCAGUAUUACGGAAAAUCAACUCUGAACUCAGAAACUGUACAAACAAUUUUUUGGAUGCCUCGGGGUCGGGGUGGAAGUGGGGAGGGUAGGAAUCUUCAAUGCCACACAAAAGUAAACCUGUAUUUCAGGUCCUGUUGUUUUUCUUGUACUGUAAUAAUGAAUAAAAUGCAAAUAAUGAAAGGUGGGAGAGACAGCUGUACGGAGAGGAUAGAGUCAACUACUUUUUAAAACAUGCAUUUUACUUUUUCACAAAAGGUCAGAGAAUUAAUGAACUGACUUUUGUGGCAGCCAAGAAUAAUUGUGCAAGAAAGACAAAAGAAAUAAUGCUGGAAAUAUUUUUUGAAUAUCCUAUUGUAUCCUUUUUUAGUGUAAACUAUAAAAGGCAAUUAUUGUUAUGUCAUCCUUAAAAACCAUACUUUUAAACUAACUGUCAACAUAUUUUUAAUUUUCUAGUUCUGCAAGGAGUGUGGAAGCCUGAAUGGCAGAAACUGGGUGAAAGAAUUGCCACUCUGGUUAACAACGAAGAACACCCAAUUGGAAACCACUUCAAACUGUUUUGCAGGACAAUCCACUCUUUUUGUCAAGAGUUUAUUGAGACUGGCAAAUGUGGAUCACCUUCUGAAUUCACCCCAUCAUGCUCCCCCUUUGGCAGGUCAUGUCCUGCUGCUAGUAAUUGUGAAAUGUAUGGCCUGGAGGACUUUGUAGUACAGAACCAUCGACAUAAGCUACAGUUAUUGCAAAAUACAAUCUUCAAGCAGCUUAAUACUGCAACAGAUUUUCUGUCCGAGUUCUUUAACAACAGGGACACUCACUUUAAGAACAAACUGAGGCUUUGCUAUGAACAGUGCUUUUACGACAAAGAGCACAGCUUUCUGGCGUGUGUCUAUGAGCUGGCACAUCAUGAGCAUGUGGACAAUUUAGAGCGAGAUGUUCAAAGGCUCAAAAGACUACCAAUCAAGUUGUUGAAUUUGCAGAUGAAGGAUGAGUGGUGGCUGGAGUUGUUUGAACAAAGGUCACAUCAUGCAUCUGUUAAUCUAGAACAUCUGCGGCCUUUUUCACAAGCUUACAUGAAUGGAACUUUAGAUUCUAUGGAUGUCGUAGAUAAUGGUCUAAGUGGCUCUUAUGACAUGCUUACUGAGUUGGAUGAGUUUGGUGUUGAAGCUGAAGAACUCCCUCCAGCUAACGUGGAUUCUUUUCGAAGCUUAUGCAUCAGUGCCAUUCGUGAUCGCUCAAAAACAGUAACUGCCAAAGAUGCUGAACAACCAAGUGACAAACUCGAUGCAGGUCAUCCAAAGAAGACCAAUGGUGCAGCUGAAGCUAUCAUAAGUUGUAGUGCACCAGAACGGUCAAUAACCAUGGGUCAGCUCAUAAAUAUUUGGGAAACAACAGGUGAAGCAGAUGAAGAAGAGGAUAGUAAUGCCUUCAGAAGAUCACCAUUAACAAGAACACUGUCUAAAAGCCAAAGUGAUAUUGACAAAAAGUCAAAUCUUAUGGUUGAGGGAGAAACAUUUGAAGACAACUUUGGCUCUGCCCUGCAGAACAUGAGAGACAUUUUCAAGGUGACAAGUCCACUUGCCAAGUUAAAAUGCUUGACAUCUUCCCUUCGGAAAAUCACCAAUGCUGUGCAAGAACUGAGAAUGCGUAGCGGGAAGGAUACAUUUGCGGCAGCUGUGAAUGCAGAGGACCUGUUGCCGCUGCUUGUCCUGAUGAUGCUCCAAAUGGACCCUUGGGAAGUUGCCUCCAUGUGGCCACAGUUGGCAUUCAUUGAAGAUCUCAUGGCUCCAUUUCUGUCCUCUGGCUGUCAUGGCUGGGCACUGGUUGAGUUUCAGAUGGCUCAGCGAAUUAUACAUGAACUUUGUCAAGAAUUUUAGCAACUGUUUCCCUACUCUGUUCAGUUCUAAGAAUUUGAAACGUUUGGCAAUAGGGUGUACAUGUCUAAUUGUAUUUAAAACUUUAAAAGUUUAAUGAUGCAGCAAGUAUCAAUUUUGCCCAUACAAAUUAAUGCAUUACAAUUCUUUUGAAUCACAUACAUCUAAACAUACCUUACUACCUGGACUGCAGUCAAUCUCACAACACAAAUCAACCACUUGUUUUCUUAAAACAUUUCACCAUAAUGCAUCAUUUUUGAAGGCAUUUUUAGUUAUAAUUCUGUGAGUACCAGAAAAUGUUGAUCCAUCUUUAAACCAAUACAUGGCCUUCAAAUCAAAACAAAGUCUUUUCUCUUCUUCCUUUUCCUUGGAAUCUGAAGAAAGAACGCCCUAGAACUAACUCAGGUUGAGUAGAUAGGAUUUCUUUCCUAACUCAGAAGUUAAUAGUAUAGUAAUACAACCAGGUUCAGUGCAAUAUGUUUUUAUUUGAGCUGAAAUCUUUACUUAGAUCAAGCAGAAAUGCAUUCAAAUACAGCGUUUGUUAUACCUAAGAAUGAUUACAGACAGAAUCGUAUUACACAAGUUAAUCAAUCUUAAUCACAACUUUAACAGAAUUCUCAAGAAAACAGUGUUUUGUUUCUUAAAAGAAUAGAAUAAUUCUAUUCUUAUUAUUGUCUUUGUCCAUACAUGUACAUGAGAAAAAAAGGAAAUAUUGAAGUGAAUACAGCCUGUGAGAUGAUUCAUUGUCUAAUUAUGUACAAUUAUUAAUGGUACUUAGUAUCCAAUACACUGUUAAUGCCAAAAUGAGAGUCAUAGUCUAUGAAAAUGCAAUCAUACAAAAAUCUUUCGUGAAAGCCUUUUUUAUUAUUAUGAUAUUUAGCAUGUAAGAAAUACUUUUGACAAUAUAUUAUUUUGCAGGUAGAAGAGUGUUAAUUUUUCCAGGCUUAUUAAUUUUUAUUUUUUUCAAGGUAGUAAGCUUAGUCUCUAUAAAGGCAUAUUCUGCUCUUUAGAUGUAAAUAUUUUAAUACUGAGUCUACAGGAUAGUCCAGUAUGCAUGCACUUUAGUGCAGAACCAAUUUAAGUGGUUCAGUCCCAUUGUCCACGACAUGUAAACUUUCUUGUUGGGCAAAACUUAUCUUAGUUCACUUGCCUAAUGGAUGGGCAAGAGUUCAGGCACUGUCCCCUCCAAAGAGGCCCAGCUGCUACUGUACUAAGGUUAGGGAGAGGAAAAAAAAGAGAAAGCACACAUGGGAUGAUCCUGUGCAGUGGUGGAUCCAGGGGGUCCGGACCCCAUAUCAGACCUGGUGCUUGUUUAAGACUCAAAUUCUUACAUUGACAGGAUAGUAUAUCACUUUUUAACAGGCGA